AUGGGAGGUGGACGUGGUACAGGGCGCGGUGCAGGUGGUGAGAAUAGCAAUGGCGGUGCUAUUCACGGUGCAGGACGUGAGAGAAGUGGGUAUGGUGGUGAGGGAGGUCAGAACGCGCCCUCAAACGCGCCAACUGCGCCGUCUGGUCAAGGUCGGUUGUACCCUCGCGGUGGGUUCAACCAGGGUGGGUUCCAAGGACAAGGUUCUGUCGAUCAGGCUGCCGUGGGUUCAGUUGGCAUCCUGGCCAAAUACAACGACUGCUUGUGGUGCCGAAAGCCGAAGGGCCUGACCCACCUGUCCUUCAGCGACUGCAGUCUAUACGAGAACUGCGGCUUCUGUGACAAAGGCAAGGCUCACCGCGGUUUGCCUUGCCCUCGCCUAUACUGCAGUAGCAGUUGGUGGCAUGAACACUUUGGCCGUACCCCACCGAACGUGCAGAUACGGCCUACCGAGCACCAACGAGAGAGAUUGGCACAGAUGGACCCGUUCUUCACCAAUUUCCCUGCGCCAGUCCAACUGCAAAUUGCUGGUGGACAGAAGCGUAAGCGCGAAGAAGACGAUGACGAGGUGGUGUUGUUGAAGAGGCAACUCGAGACGAUGACGAAGCUGAAGAACGAGAAGCAGCAGAAGAUGAAUGAGGAGAGGGUGCAGAGGGAGAAAAUUGAUGCUGCGAGGCACAAAGCUGAAAAUGCAGCGGCGGAGGCUAGAGCGGACGUCCUCGAGAAGGUGAGAGACCAUAAGAUAAUAGCCGAGCAGGUGAAGCAUUUGCUCGCAGCCAAAAAGAUCGCAGAGGACAAAAUCCGUGACCUGCGCGUCCAGGCCCCUACCCGAGAUGAUGACGCCAGGCGGCCCGAGCAGGCAGAUUCCGACCGUCUUCUCGCGAGAGCCAGGGCCGAAUGGGAGAAGGAGAAGCAAGUCGCCGUGCAGAAUGCCAAAGACAAGACUGUCGAGCAUAUCCGCAAAAGGGUGAUCGAUGUUCAGCAGGCAUCGAACAUUGAACAUCUUCGUCGUCUCGCAGAUGGCGAACGUCAGAAGGCCACCCAGGCGACUGCAGAUGCCGAUCGAUUCGAAGCCCAGGCUGCAGCUUUGGAACAAGAGGUCGUGGCGGCUGCACUUGCGGUAAUCAAUAAUGAGGAGAGCAACGACAAAGAGCAGGGCCGCAUCUUGCCUUCUCCCAAGAUCGAGGAGCAGUGA